AUGUUCGGUUUCUUCGGCCGGCCGCGGAAUGAGGACAAGACGCCGCCCAAAAAGAACCCGAACAAUCGACCUGCAGCCGCUACCAAGAAACCGCGAACCGCGGGUGCUGACGUGGCACCGGGAGCAGAAGGCACUUCGGAUGGAACCGAUGUCGGUAGCGUCUUAGGCGAAUUAGGUAUUGCGGUCGAUGAUGGGGUCACCGCGGAGACUUUGCGCGCGCAGGCCAAGGAGCAGCGCGCCAAAGCUUCCGCCAUGCGCGAGGCGGGGUUGUACGCGGGCGCGCAGAAGGCGCUGAAAGCGGCGCGCGAGCUGGAGAAGCGCGCCAAGGACAAGGAUGACUCCGCCGCAACCGCCGCCGCGCUUGCGGGCGCGUCCCGGGAGGCGGAAGAGAUAGCGCGGGAAGCCAUGGCGCGCGGAAACGCGCUUGGCGUGGCCGCUGGCGCGCGCGGGACGGGAGGGAAACGCGUAGCGGCAGCGAGAUCCCGUGAAGCGGCACCGGAGGUCCGAUCCGCGGAUACGGGGAAAGCGGGCGGAGUGGGUAGAUCCGGAGCUGCUGGCGCAAGAGCAGCGGGGGAGCGGAAGGGCGCCGCGGCGGAAGGCGUGAAGGCGGAGCGGAAGGGGUUAGCGCGGCUGAACGCGGGGGUGGACGACGAUGGGGAGAUGAUGGCGCAACUCCGUGAGCUGGGAUGGGCGGAACCAGCGGGGGGAGCUGGCGGGGGGGGGCUUUUGGCCGGACUUGAUGACGUGGACGGGGCGGCGGCGGAGCAGGACGAGGUGAGCGCGGCGCGCGAAGCAGCGGAAGCGCAAGUAUUGGACUUAAAGCGCAAGGCGCGGCAACUUAAGGGACAGGGGCAGGUUCAGGAGGCGUUGGCGGAGCUAAGAAAAGCUAAGAAGCUCGAGAAAGAAAUAGAAGACGGCUCGUUCUUAUUGAACCUAGCGGACGGCACGGAGGGAGGACAUGAUGACGAGGAGAAGCGGCUUCUAGCCAGUCUCGGGCUGACAAGUGUCGAUGACGUGGCACUAGUGGAAGAGACGGAUUUAAGGAUGGGGGGAAUGGGGAGAGGUGGCGGAGGUAUGGGCGGAAGAGGCGGAGGAGCGGACCUAGACUUGGCUCAAAUUAUGUCUUUAAUUGCUGAUAUAGGUGACGAGGAGGACGAGGAGGGGGAGGGAGAUGGUGGGGGUAUAGAUGGGGUUGAGAUUGGAGGGGCGAGGAGGGGAGGGAGGGGAGGGGGUGAUUAUAUGGGAGGUGCUAUUGACGAUGGGGAGUGUAUGGAUGAACUGAGGGCACUCGGGUGGGAGUCAGAUGAGGAAGGGGAGGAGGGAGAGGGAGGAGGAGGAGAGAAAGGAGGGGGGGAGGAGGAAGAAGAGGAGGUGGAUAUAGCCGCGAUGCAAGCAGAGGCGUUGGAUUGGAAGCGGAAAGCGGUGGGCUUUAAGAGGGAGGGGCGGAUGGGAGAGGCGAUGGAGGCUUUAAGGCGCGCCAAGGGGCUGGAGGCGAGGAUAGAGGCGGCUAUUAUGCUGGGCGCAGGCGGGGUUUCCAUGGGCCGAGAGAGGACGGACGGAAAAGGAAAAGAUUUGACUAGUGAAAAGGAGGAAGAGAAGGUGGAGACAAGCCCUGUCGCCCAGGAGCCAGAAACUGCCGAGGAACUUGAGGCGGCGGCGCGGGAGUGCAAGCUGGCUGCUGUGGGGCUGAAGCGGGAUGGGAGGCUCGGAGAAGCCUUGGAUCAGCUGAAACGAGCCAAAGAGCUGCAGGCUCGGGCUGACCAGGCUCGGGCGGAACAGACUGGGGUAGAACAGGCUCGGGUGGAUCAGGCUCGGAAUGAAAAAUCUGAGGAAGCAAAGGCGGCUGCAACAGGAGCACCGGCAGCAGCAGCACCGGCAGCAGCAGAAGCAGCAGCAGCAGCAGCAGCAGCAGCAGCAGGAGCACCGGCAGCAGCAGGGGCAUCGGCAGCAGCAGCAGCAGUGCCGGCAGCAUUAGCAGAUAUGGAUGAGGGAAUCCGCGCAAUCCUUAUGAGCGGUGAUGAUGAUGAUGAUGAUUUUGAUGGGGAUGGUGAUGCGGAGGAGGAUGAUCCGGACAUGCUUGCUGCUCUGGCUGCUGCUGGCCCUGCCGCCCAGGAGCCAGAAACUGCCGAGGAACUUGAGGCGGCGGCGCGGGAGUGCAAGCUGGCGGCUGUGGGGCUGAAGCGGGAAGGGAGGCUCGGAGAGGCCUUGGAUCAGUUGAAACGAGCCAAUUUGCUGCAGGCCCGGGCAGACCAGGUUCGGGCGGAACAGGCUCGGAGUGAAGAGCUUCGGGAAGAGAAGACGGAGGAAGGGAAGGCUGGGAACUGCGAGGAGAGGAGGGAGGUAGUUGGUGGUGACGUCAGAAGUACUGGCGAUGACAGCGGUGGUGCUAAUGCUGCUGCUGCUGCUGCUGCUGCUGAUGAUGAUGGUAGCGGUGGUGGUGGUGCGUCUGCUGUUGCUUCUGCUGAUGCAGACACAAGCCAGUUGGGUGCGGCGGUGAUUGCUACUAGCAUGGCGCCUGCUGUUGCUGCUUUGAUCGCUGCCAUGCAGUUGCAACAAAAGCAGCAGCAGCAGCAGCAGCAGCAGCAGGAGCAGCAGCAGCAGUAUCAGGAACAGCAGCAACCGCAGCAGAAAGAACAAGAGCUGCUGAUAGAAACAUUGCAAAGCUGCAAAGUAACUCCGUUUGCAGUCCAUGCAGCUGAUGUGGCUGAUGCAGUUAAUGUGGCUGGUGCUGUUAAUUUGGCUGCAAUAGAUUCAUUCCCUGUCUCCGCAGCAUCAGCAGCAGCACCAGCAGAAGCAGCAGGAGGAACAGCAGAAGCAGCAGGAGGAACAGCAGAGACAGCGGGUGUUGCUGCCACUGGAAUCGCACGAGAAGAAGGGAGCAAGGAGGGAGGGGAGGGCAUGGGGGAAGAGAGGGAGAGCAGCAGGGAGGAGAUGGAGGCAGAAUUGCUGGCGUGCAGGAGAAGGGCGGUGGCUUUCAAGAGGGAGGGCAAGCUGGGGGAGGCGUUAUCUGAGCUCAAGAAGGCCAAGGCGCUCGAGAAACAGCUGGCAGAGACAGCGCAGUCGCUGCAGCAGCAGGUGAUGGAGCAGAAGAGGAGGGCAGUUGAGUUGAAGCGGGCUGGAGACACGGCGGGGGCGUUGGCUGCUCUCAAGCUGGCCAAACAGUUGCAGGCGCAGAUCGGUUGA